AAAGACGCAUAGAUGAAGAGAAAGCUUUAGAUGAACAGAAAAAAAAAGAAGCUCAAGAGCGUCAUUUAUAUUUGACUACUAAGAUCCUGACUUUAACUAAUUUUGAGCACUACCAAGGAGUUGAUCUUGCUAAUUUUAACAAUCAACAAUACCCUCAAUCUGAAGUUCUACAAAUUAAAGUUUUAAAAAGGGACACAUAUCGUGCUUUUAAAGCCAUUGUCGCUCACAAAUUUGGUAUUUCACCUGAGAAAAUGAGAUUCUGGGAUCUUGCAAAUCGUCAAAAUAGGACUAUUAGACCAGAUACCCCAAUACUAAAUGAUUUUCUUGAUAUGACGAUGGAACAAAUCCAAAAAAAAGUAGCUCCAAGACAAAAUGAACUGAAAUUAUUUUUGGAAAUAGCAGAUAAACCAUUUAACAGCAAAGCAUGGUUCCCGCCAAAAGAGAGGAACUCUUAUCUAUUAGUUUUCAUCAAAUACUUUAAUCCAGAUACACAAUCUCUAGAAGGAGUGUGUUAUAUAUAUGUUAGAAUGUUUGGUAAAGUUGGUGAUAUUAUUCCAAUUCUUUGCAAGAUAAAGAACUUUUUACCAAAAACACCCAUGAAAAUAUACGAAGAAGUAAAACCAGACAUGAUUGAAGAGAUGAAACUCAAAUGGACUUUUAAACGAUCUGAGAUACAAAAUGGUGAUAUAAUUUGUUUCCAAAAGGUUUUAACCGAACGAGAGAUACAAAAACACACUGAUGCAGGCCGUAUUCAUGAUAUCCCAACAUUUUAUGAGUCAUUAUCUAUGCGUGUUGUUAUUCAAUUUAAGCCAAAAUAUCGUGAACAAAAACCUGAAUUUGAGUUAAUUUUAAAUAAGAACUACAAAUAUGAUGAUGUUGCUAAACGCGUUGCCGCUUUUUUAAACACAGAUCCUUUGAAAUUACAGUUUACAACUGCACGUUCACCGUCCGGUUCAUACAAAACUGUAAUUAAAAGGGUAAACAACCAGACACUGUCAGAGAUGCUUAACUUAAUCUAUCAUCCCACAAUGACUUUUUUAUAUUAUGAAAUGCUUGAUAUUGGUAUUAUUGAGUUAGGAACCAAAAAGUUCUUUAAAGUACAUUGGUUUAAAAGAAUAGUUAAGGAAGAGGAAGUGAUUGAUGUUUGUCUUCCAAAGACUGCUAUAAUCAAUGAAGUUCUUAGAGUAAUUGUACAAAAACUAGCAUUGCAAAAACCUACUCAUAGAAUUAGAUUAUAUGAUGUCUUAAAUUUCAAGAUUCAGAAUGAAUACAACAUCAAUGAUCCAAUAGAUAAAAUACAAGAAAAUAUGACUUUAUAUGCAGAGGAAAUACCUCAAGAUGAAACUGAACUAAGAUCUAAUGAUAAAUUUAUUCAAGUAUUUCAUUUUACUAAGGAGACGUUUUGCACACAUGGAAUUCCAUUUAAAUUUGUUAUUAAAGCUGGCGAACCUUUCUCUGCGACAAAGUUGCGCCUUCAAUUACGCUUAGGAAUGAACGAAAAAGAGUUUUUGAGAGUGAAAGUUGCAAUUAUACAACCAGCAUCAUAUGCCAAGCCUCAAUAUAUAGAAGAUAAUAGUGUUAUUUUAUCAAAUUAUGGAUUAACAGAUGAACUCUUAGGUCUUGAUCGUUUGGAUAAAACGGGACGUGCAGGAAGAGGAGGAGUUGUACUUGAUGUGAAUCAACGUGUUCCUGCAUUCCUUCAGGACAUCGAAAUUGAUGUUGAUCAACGUGAUUUUGCAUUCCUUCAGGGCAUUGAAAUUGAAGCAAUUGACAUUUUACUAACUAGAGAUUACGCAUUGUGA